AAAAAAAUGCAGUCUAACUUCUUCAUUAACUCACCAAUAUCCAUUAUGAGUUAUCAAUACAAAAUUUUCGAACAAACUACAAAUCCUGACAAUCAAUUUACCAGCUUUACCACCGUUACCAUCAGUGAGGUUGACUCUAGCGACAUGUUGCCGCCAAUGCCACAAGCGUCAUAUGAAAUCAGCGAUGUCGACGAUAGCUACGACAUGGAGUUCGAUGACAGCGACAGCGAUGACAGCGACUCAUCACAAUUUAUUGAAGAGCAUUGGUUUCCAUCCUUGUUACGAAAAUCGUUAAUUGAGUUUCUUGACGACGGAGACGAGGGAGAUGACAACACUAUGACAGACAAUAUGCAAGUCCUGUCGUCUUCAGAGUUUGCGGAGAUUGAAGAAUGGAGCAGUAGUGACGAGGACCAUGACAUGGAGGAGGAUGAAGACCCUGCCCCUGCUACCCAUAGAAAAAGAGCAGGAUCUACUCGUCGCCAUGAUCGCAAGAAAUCAAGAAAGAUUAGAAACCGAAGUGAUGACGAAGAAUACGAUUCCACUCCGGUGCCUAUCGAAAUUGUACAUAUUGUUUUGUAAAUAGGACCAUCAAAUAUUUUUGAUGUGUGAAGAUAGUAUUUUUUGAGCUGAGCAUAAAAAAAAAAGAAAUGUAAACGAGGUUAUGGCUUCAUUUUUUUUUCUUUUGGCUUUUUCGCUUUAGAAAUAAUGUGAUAUAGGGUUUUCAUAAAUCGGGUGAUACAAUCAAGAAAUUUAAUCGGAAGUUGCCAAAGUGAAAGGUUAUCACGACAUGUUGGAAGAGUCUCCGGAAUAAGUUAUAUUGCUAUCCCAAUGUAAC